UAUCGUUACAGCGCAAUUUUACUCGCAGACGCGCUGUAGAUGUCCUCCAUGCUGAGAGUAAUCUGCUGUAAUAUAAAUAACCAGUCUACUUUGCUUCUACGAAUUAUUUGUGUUCGACUUCAAGCACUCCAGCGCCUCAUGUUUUUAUUCGAACAAGAAAGUACUUGAUUGCAAAACUCAUGAUUACGCAAUUGUUUCUUCACAGAUUCAGCUUCGUCCUCAAAUGACCGGGCAUUUUCAAAAAAGCACAUCUCACAUUCGAGUAAGGGCUAUCUCGCUGAAACGCUGCGUGGGAUGUGGACACGAGAUCUCAGACCAAAUUCUACUAUUUGUUUUGGACGGAUACUGGCACAUCAGCUGUCUGAAGUGCUCCUGCUGUAGGGCGCAGUUGGCAGAGAUUGGCACGUCGUGCUUCAGUAAGAGUGGCAUGGUCCUCUGUAGGAAAGACUACAUCAGAUUGUUUGGUAACAGUGGAGUAUGCAGGGCAUGCAGCAACUCCAUCCCAGCUGGUGAAAUGGUCAUGAAGACACCUGAUCAUGUGUACCAUGUCAAGUGUUUUGCAUGUUCCAUCUGCCAUAGGCAACUCAUGCCUGGUGAUUGGUUCCACUGUGAGAAUGGCAGGUUGUUCUGUGAUCAUGACAGACCAAUUGCCUCUGAAUCUCUCACAAAUGGCACUUUCAGUUCACCCCAGGACAACAAUGUGACUGUUUAAAAUGUUCAAAUAGAUUGUUAAUUUGCUUUAACUAGUGUAGCAGUAUCACAAAAUUUAACAAAGGUUAUUCAGUAAAGCUAAAAAGCAAUAACAAAUUACAGAGAACUCAGUAUGACACAGUAUGAUCUAGUAUGGAUCAGUUAGUGGGUCUAAGAAUAUUGACUGCUCUCUACUGUCUUUGGCUUUGUCUAAUUCAGAAUAGUAAAUCAGUCUGUCUCUCUUAAUGUAUCCCUCUCUUGCUUUCUCACUUACUCAUUCUCAGAUGUGUUAAAGAUGAGAAGAACAACUUAAAACAGUUAAUCAACCAGUGUUAAAGGUGUAGAACACUACUAUAUUUUCUAAACUGAACAGUUUCAUUUUGGAGUCUCUGUAAGGAUUAAAUUUUAUUGGGUAAGAGUUUGUGGGUAAACAUUUUUAAGAUUUGCAAUUAGGAACUGAAGGGGCACGGGUGAGAGGUGAGAAAUUUGCAAAAAUAAAUAUUUCAAGGACAUGUAGAACUAUAUUUAAUGAUAAACCUGUCUUUAUUUUCAUUAUCAUACGUUUACAUAUUUUAAACAGUGUAAUUUAGUAAUGUUUUAUUUUUAUAACACUAGGAAAUGUGUGUCACGUGAGCGAUUUAGCAUCAUAUGUUGUCAACUUGCGACGGGUAAAAAUUCAAAAUGGACCGCUUCAUUUCCUUAGGAUCAACAAUAUUAGAAAAAUUAAGACAAACGCAUGUAAAAAGAGUAAAUAUAAUAGAGAUUAUUUAAGAUAUAGAUUAAUUUACAUGUAGGUGGGGAGGUAGGGCCAAAUGUGUAUUCUGUACAGCUACUCUUGCUAACAAAAGCGUAGAAGAGAAUGUGCAGAGUACAUGAGAAGUGAUGUGCUGCUUUUUAUUUUAUUGUAGGAAAUAAUAAACAAAAAUUUUGGGCAGAUUGGA